AUGGCUGACCCAGAAGAUGGAGAUGAUCUCUUCGCGGAUCUUUACGAUGCCGACGAAUCCACUAAUCGCACUACCUCCGCCGUUGAGGCCCCAAAGCCUGCUGAGCCUGUCGCUGCGCCCGCCGCGCCUGCUGCGUCUGUCGGACAGGUCACAGAGGCCGCCCCAGUGAAUGCUUACCAGUCGCAACCUGCAGCUCAGCCUUCUGGAUAUGAUAAUGGGUACAACAAUGGCGCUGGAAAUUCUUACGGCGCUCCGCCCGCUACCGAGGCCCCUGCUGAGCCCGAAUCUCAUGGAACAGGAAUCAAGGAAGACGGGUAA